AUGGAUCAAGGAGCAUCGUUGGGAAGCGCUCGUGUGGUUUUAUGGGAUCCACGCGGUUCGAAUAGGUUUGUGGUGGGCGGUGGUAGCGAAUUGAAGCUGUUCGAGUGGGAGAAUAACCUGGUGAAACAAGUUGGCCUUCGAGGGGACCUGCAAGCUAUGCGCUGCUUUGCAUGGUCUCCGCAUUCUGUAUACAACGAUUUAUUGGCGAUUGGACUCGCUCAUGGUGUCGUGGAUAUCUGUCGACUGGACAACACUUUGCCCAACCUGAACGGUUCAUUUCCGGCCACGCAGGUCCCUGUUUCGUUGUCCAUCUCUGCUCGAAAUCGUCGACCAUGCACAUCCCUUGCGUUUUGCGGGUUGAAUCCAAACCUUCUGGCGAGCGGUUUGGACAAGUUUCGCACAGAGUACUCGCUCGUGAUUUGGGACCUCGAGCAAUCUGCUCCAGUCUUUGAAGCGUCAGCUAUAGACGACCAUUUCGAUAGGCUCACUGGUCCUCUGCCGAACCCGGCUGGUUAUCCGACGAGGAUGGGUAGAGGGACGUUGCAUCCGCGUUCCAGUUCGAGCUCGUCGACUAUGCCUGGUGGGAGAGUAGGUAACGACGUGAUACGUGUACCUUCGCGCGGAAAGUCGGCCUAUCAGAAGAACCCACAGGAUAAUACGCAUCCUAGUGGCCAGUAUUGCGAAGGAGAAGGGAUUAACUCUUGCGUGUUCCUUCACCAAUCAUCGUGGGAGGUUGUCGCUGGUGUCAAUAACCGAUUGAUGCGUUAUUUCGAUCUCCGGGUGCGCACCAAGGCCGUCAGAGAUGCGAAUACCAAAGCCGUCAGGGGUAUCUGUUGCGAUCCUAUGGGUGGAUAUUUGCUUUCGAGCUUGGAUGAAGUAGGCGUUCAUGUGUGGGAUCGAAGAAAGCAUACGCAGCCGGUCAUGGUCUUUCAAGAAGAAGAUGCAGGUUUGGACCCUCAGACCUUUCUCACUAGUCCGACAACUGUAGCGCCUCCUCAAGGUGCAGGGAGAAUUACAGGAGUAGAGUUCUGCAACACGCGGAGGAAUGUACUCGGAACAAUCACUCGUGAAGGGUGUUAUGUCCGUUUGUGGAACUUGAUAGACGGCGAACCAUACGGGGAUGACGCGAAUAUCCGUGACGACUACUCGGAAAGCACGAAUCCACAACAAACUUCCGAGUGGGCAUCGCAUGGGACUUGGGGCGAGCAAGGGACGACACCCUCGGACGGAAGGCGUCAGGCGUCCGUAGAUGAUGGUGGUCUGGUACUUUCGUCAACCAAGAGAUCAAAAAUAUUCAAGACUACGAUUGCUUCGUUCGACUUUAUCCCCCGCAGUGCAACUCCUCAUUCAGCGCCUUACGUCGUCACAGUCAACAAGGUUGGAAGUGCCAGGCUCUUCGCGCUGAGAGACUCGCCGCGGCACCAAUGGAGCCCUCGUGGUGACCUAGCCGCCUCGGUCGGGCAAACUUAUAAGAUCAUCCACACGCACGUCGGCUUCAGUGGCGACCCAGCCAUGGAGCCUUGGUAUACUCCUUAUCCUGCGGAUUAUGAUGAAACCAACAAGCCGGGGCCAGUAGAGUCCGCCGAAGUUGAGCAAUCCACCGAAGGACAGAAACGUGACGACCUUCUCAGCGUGCAGCAACUAGAGCCUGCGCGACGGAUCAGUCCCUCUUCCGUCGUACGCGCGUCCUAUGAACGCAAACCUGGACCAGGCAGCUCUAUCUCAACCCCUCGACCCAACCUCACGCCUCUGGAAUCAGACGAUGCGAUCAAUCUCAAGCGACAAGAAGUUGUAGGGAGUAAUACGAAAACGCCCAAUAAGCCAAAUCUAUCCAAAACUAGGCCAAGCCGCAAGCCGGAUCUAUCCAUUGCGGAAAAGGGGCUUGCGCAAGACAUUUCAACCUUGAUUCGUCGACGAGUGCUUCAAGGCUACGGUCUGGAUAGUGCAAAGUAUAACGGCGAAAUUGUUAGGGACGAUCCUGGAGCAGGCGCUCUGUCUGAAAUUUGGCAAUGGCUGCAUAAUAGCAAUAAGCUUUUACAAGCGGAUGUCGAAGACGCUUUCAGGCACAUUCACGGGUUUGAUUUUGUCCUGAAAGGAGUUCAGCCUAUUUGGGAAGGGUUCAAACCCCUGCAGCGCAUCUCAUCUGAGCCACCAAACCAACCGACGCAGUGGAGGCCUGUUGUACAACGUGGCCAGCGACGGGGGUCGUCUGCACUCUCCGCUACAGCUCCGCGUGGUUUCCAAGAUGCAAAAUUUGGUCAUUAUCCGACUGCGGUUGAAUGGCUCAACAAACGUAACAGAGGGAAAGCCACCAUUGAUAUGAUCAUGUUUCCAAGAUCUAGCCAGAGGAAGCCACAGCGCGAGCUUGCACUGGCGCUGGUCGGUUGGAACUACACUGAUGCAGAGCUAAAUCAACUCAUACGAAGCUGGGAGAAAGACCGUGCUGCAGGUCGGGCAGCCUGCUGGGCGGCAUUUAUGGGCAACGUGAAGCAGGGCAUCGACAUUCUUAGCCACAGCCAUGACGAGCGACACAGACUCUUGUCAGCCGUAAUGGCGACAGGGCUUCACCUUCAGAGUACACCGGAUUCCGAGGCCUACUCUCAGUGGAGAGAUCGAUGCCAAACUCUUGUGACGCGAUUGGAUGAUCCUUACGCACGUAUCCUCCUCACCUGGUUCAUUACAAAGGAUUGGCGAGAGACGAUUCAAGACGUCCCGAUUCCCCUUGCCGAACGUAUUGGAAUCGCUCUUCGAUUCUUUGACGAUGGGGACGUGUCCGACUUUCUUCGAGAGAAGAUCAAAGAAGCCUCAACUACGGGUGAAUUAGAGGCACUGAUGCUCACGGGAAUGUCCCACGAGGGAGCAAUCGCAAUUAUACAAAGCUAUGUCGACCAAACUGGCGACGUACAAACAGCUGCUGUCCUCUCAGCUCUCGCUCCCAAACUCUACGUUCAGGACAAGCGAUCACAGAGGCAAAGAGGCAUUGGACCGCAAGUGGAUGCUUUUGGUCCAAAUCCAGUUAUCGCAGCGCAGAUUGAGGGCUGGUUCGAAGCCUACUCGGAGCUCUUAGACCAGUGGAGACUCUUUCGAUAUCGGGCAUUGUUUGAUAUUGACAAAGGACAGCAUGUCUCGAUUGCAAUGAGUCCACGGCAAGCAUGCAAGGAGGCGGAUGGGAGUUCGACAGGAGAAAUGGUCAAAGGCACGAUCGAACCCGUAGAAUGGAUCCCGCGACAAAUCGAAAUACGUUGUACUGUAUGUGGUACCUCUAUUGGCGCUGGAGGGCCGAAGUCAUCCUCCGACGCUCCGAACACUGCAACGUAA